GGUGUUUAAGAAAGCCAGUCCCAAUGGGAAGCUCACCGUCUACCUGGGCAAGAGGGACUUCGUGGACCACAUCGACGUGGUGGACCCCGUGGGUAUGUGGGGCUGGGGGGAAGGGGGGGCUCUGAUCUGGGGAGGGGACACGUGUGUGGGGGGCAGGGGGCUGGUCUUCGUGACCUUGACCUGCGCCUUCCGCUACGGCCGCGAGGACCUGGAUGUGCUGGGGCUGACCUUCCGCAAGGACCUCUUCGUGGCCAAUGCCCAGGCCUUCCCCCCAGUCCCCGAGGAGAAAAAGCCCCUGACGCGGCUGCAGGAGCGGCUGAUCAAGAAACUGGGCGAGCAUGCCUACCCCUUCACCUUCGAGAUCCCCCCCAACCUGCCCUGCUCUGUCACGCUGCAGCCGGGACCAGAGGACACGGGGAAGGCCUGCGGUGUGGACUACGAGGUCAAAGCUUUCUGUGCCGAGAACCUGGAGGAGAAAAUCCACAAGAGGAACUCGGUGCGGUUGGUGAUCCGCAAGGUCCAGUACGCGCCCGAGCACCUCGAGGCGUCCCUGGACAAGGAGAUCUACUACCACGGAGAGCCCAUCAGCGUCAACGUCCACGUCACCAACAACACCAACAAGACGGUCAAGAAGAUCAAAAUCUCCGUGCGCCAGUACGCCGACAUCUGCCUCUUCAACACCGCCCAGUACAAGUGCCCGGUGGCCGUGGAGGAUGCCGACGACAUGGUGGCCCCAAGCUCGACGUUCUGCAAGGUCUACACCCUCACCCCCUUCCUCGCCAACAACCGGGAGAAGCGGGGUCUGGCGCUGGAUGGAAAACUCAAGCACGAGGACACCAACCUGGCCUCCAGCACCUUGUUGAGAGAUGGAGCCAACAAGGAGAUCCUGGGCAUCAUCGUGUCCUACAAGGUGAAGGUGAAGCUGGUGGUGUCACGAGGAGGCCUCCUGGGAGACCUCGCCUCCAG